UGUGACCCCAAAUAGUCUCCUCAUGGGGCGGCCUGAUGGAUCCCUACCCCAGGUGGUCUACCCAGAGAUAGAAAACCUCAGUCGAAGACGUUGGCGGCACUCACAGAUUCUUGCUGAUCACUUCUGGGCAAGGUUCAUCAGAGAAUACCUUCCUGGAUUACAGACAAGACACAAAUGGCAAUCAAACCCUCCUGGACUUCUGCAGAAUGCAAUCGUUAUGAUUGUGGAUCCCCAGCUGCCUCGCGCCUCAUGGCCGAUAGGUCAUGUGGUCAAGAUUCAUCGUAGCGAUGAUGGACUCAUCAGAUCAGCGGACGUGAAAGUUAACGAACAUGUCUACACUAGGCCAGUUGCUCGGUUGGUUGUUUUACCAGCUGUGCCAGCUGAAGAAAGGGACACUGAGAAGAUCAGCCAGUCAACCCCCAAAACUUAGUAAAGCCUUUUAUGUUUAGCAAAUGUGUAACCACAUUUGGGGGCGGCUGUAUAAAAGGCUCUGACAUUUCUGUAUUUUAUUUUGUAAUAUUGGUUUAGUUUACUCUAGGAAGUGACGUAAGCCUCAGUUUAGUGCUGCGCCACCGCUCAGGAAAGCAGUUUUAUAUACUUCCGGUUCAGUUUGCUGCAUUCUCGACAUGUGAGACCGCAUUCUCGGUGUAGUUCUGAUAAGUGAUGCUCCGAGUGUUAAGUUGAUGACAAAACACUGCUGGCAACACUGAGCAUCACGACAAAUAAACCAGCUCACAUCCAAAGUGAAGUUUGAUCUCGUGUCCUCUUUCCUGUAUCCUGACCGAUACACCAUCCUGUUGGCUACAAAUACCUGAGAACCUAUCCUAAUUAACACUGGUCCUUCGAGCCGGAUAGAAGCUAUCAGGAUGGAGCCAGACAGAGCGACAUUCCCUGAUGUGAGACCUAAACGGCAGUCACGCCGACCAAGCCGAUUUGAUGACUUCGAAGUUGAGUACACACAUCAUUCCAUUAGGGAAACGCCACAUUGGGAAAUCCCCCCGCCUAUCCCAAGACAUGUGGAACACCAACCUGAGUAUAGCAAUGCACCACCUUUCUACGGUGAUAGUGAUGUAACCUGCCCUCCUACUUCUCCUCGGCUGGAGAGAAGUGAACAAGGGAGGAACUAUGGGAAUCUCACACCUGAACUUUCCCCCUACAACCUGCGGGAGUUCCCCAUCCAACCCCCUCACACAAGAUUUAGAGCUUUGCAGGUGGAAAGAGAGAAGCUACUUCAAUCACAGGAAGUUCUACAGGAGGGCCUGAGAGAACUUAAUGAAGCGAGGAGUGACAUCAAAGCACUGAUUGAAGCUGCCCACUCACUGAGAAAUGACAUGGCUCAGCUGACUGCUUCAAAAUAUACCACGUAUCAGCUCCCUAUGAGUAGCUCAGAAAGGGUGUACACUACCACCACUAACACAGGACCGAUUAAAGAUGAAGAUGAGGAGGAGUGGCCUGAUCCACCUCCGUGGCCUGAACCUGGAGAGGAGCUGCCUACAGGAUUUUCCAAACUAAAGGUUGAAGAACAGUAUUCAGAUCAUGGAUUACAGUACUACCCUCCGCCUAAUACAGCAUUUUCGCCUCGUAAAUCCUUUCUGCAGACAUGCAUGCCUCAGGUUCAGAAGCAUAGAGAAAAUGAGUUCUACGCUCCUCCACAACAUCCUGAGCCAUCCUCAAAGCGGACAUCAAGAAAUGCAGGUCUGCUGCAACCAAACCCUGUUCAGGUUAAACCCCCUACUUCAGUCACAGGGGCGGCGUGUGAGAUGUCGAACUGGCAUGAUUCAGCCCCACCUCUUUCAUCUGAGAUGGUAUAUAGGGGGCCCAAACCCACAAUCCCCAAGUUCAUCCAUUCAGAUCCUACUGAGUUUGCCAGGCUCCGAAUGGCCCUGGAGAACCUACUCCCUCCUAACGCAACCGAACUCUUUAAGUAUCAAAUACUUGUGGAUCAUCUUAAGUUUGAUGAAGCUCGACUAAUAGCUGACGCUUACCUGAAUUCACCAAAGCCUUAUACUGAUACCAUGGCUGCCCUCCGUGAUAAAUUUGGACAACCUCAUCAGCUUGCUUUAAGAAAAAUUGCAAGUGUCCUAGAUGGCCCAGAAAUAAGGAGAGGUGAUAUAGUAGCUUUCCAAAGGUUCUCUCUCCAGGUGCAGUCACUAGUUGGUCUGUUGCAAACACUGGGCCUUGAGGGAGAAGUGGAACUGAAUUGCGGCUCUCACGUUGCCCGCCUGAUAAGCAAGCUCCCUCCAGAGCAAAGAGCUGAUUUUCGUCGACAUCAGUUCAAACAGCCUGGCACCACCUACACCCUCCAUGACUUAUCUGAAUGGCUUCGCCAAGAGUCAUGGUGUCAAGGGUUCGAUAACCAAGCUGGUGGGAAGGGUAACAGAGAGCAGACCUGCAGAAAGGCGGAUGCCCACUCCUUCAAACAGACUGUAACGGUCCUGCAUAAUGUGAAAGGAUCCUCAGAACAGACUUCUUUGCUAACAAAGGAGAGUCGAGCUAGAGGGAAAACUAAGAGCAAAGCCUAUUGUGCCUAUUGUGAGAGCACAGAACAUUAUUUUAGUCAAUGUGAUGGCGUGUCUAAGCUCUCCAAAGAAGAAAUAAAGAGCUGGAUUCAAGCCAACAAACGAUGCUGGCGUUGUGCCCGAAAUCAUCUAGCUGCUCAAUGCACACUGAAGAAACCCUGUAGUAUUUGCCAGGGAAAACACCUGCUGGCUCUUCAUGAGGUAAAUGUCAGAACUGAAAGAUACGACAUGGGCGUCUCAGCAAAGGAAGAAAGUUGCCUUACCAAUUCAGCGUCAGGUUCCCUCUACUUAGAUCGACAUGGGGUCGGCCAUCGUGUUCUACUCAAGAUUGUACCUGUGGUUCUACGUCAUGGGCAACACACCCUAAAUACCUUUGCAAUCCUGGAUGACGGUUCGGAGCGAACCAUGUUGCUCCCGGCUGCUGCAAAAAUCCUUGGUCUGACAGGCAUUCCUGAGGAUCUUCCAUUACGCACUGUCCGUUACGACAUCCAGAUGUUACAUGGACGUAAUGUAACUUUCAGUGUCUCUGCAGCGACCAAUCCUGGGUUGCAACACAAGAUUGAGGGAGCCUUUACAGCUGACAGCCUCAACUUAGCCCAUCAUACAUAUCCUGUUGAUCAGCUGCAGAGGAAGUAUAAACACCUGCAAGGGAUCCCAGUGCCGGCGUUGAAGCGAGUCGAACCAUUGCUCCUUAUUGGUUCAGACCAGCCACACCUGAUUACCCCCAUAGAACCCGGGACCAAGUCUUUUGAUGGGGCGGCCAGCCCAGCCUACCUAAGUUUAUACACAUCCUCCCAAUCAGAUGAGCUCUUUAAGCAUGUAGAGCGACUCUGGCAGAUGGAUGCAGUGCCUUACACAUCUGAAAAGGAAGUGACCAGGUCAAAGCAGGACCUUCAGGCUGUAGCUCUGCUCGAAGCUAAAACAGUUCGCAUAAUGGUGGAUGGUGUGCUGAGGUAUGCCACACCUCUCCUCCGACAUGCACAGAUGCCACAACUGAAUGCACCAAAGGAAUCUGUCAUGGCUAUGCUUCGAAGCACAGAGAGACGCCUAUUAAGGGAUCCCCAUCGGGCUGAUGCCUACAAGGUAGAAAUGGAGAAGCUGAUUCAUUCUGGAGUAGUAAAAGAAGUAACACCAAACACCUCAUCAAAGGAGAGCUGGUACAUUCCCCAUCAUCUCGUCAGUCAUAAUGGGAAGAAUCGCCUGGUUUUCAACUGCUCUCAUAAAUACCUUGGACAGUCCCUGAAUCAGUUUCUGCUGCCUGGCCCCACUCUUGGAGCCCCUCUACUUGGAGUCCUAGUUAGGUUUCGUGAAUACCCCAUAGCUGUGAGUGGCGAUAUCAAGGGUAUGUUCCAUCAAGUACUUCUCCUCCCGGAGGAUCGCCCCCUGUUGAAGUUCCUUUGGCGGGAUUUGAAGGUGGAUGAACCUCCUAAAACCUUUGAGUGGCAGGUCCUGCCCUUUGGGACAACCUCAAGCCCCUGCUGUGCAACAUUAAGCCCUACAGCGUCAUGUGACAGAACAUACUCAGCCUGA